GCAGCCGUCGACCCGGAACAAAAACAAGCGCUGUGCUCGCUGGACGACACGCUUCUGAGCAGCAAAGGUGUUACGGAACCAGUGUUGGAGAUUGGCGGGCAGUCCCGCCAAACUGCGAGGACUACCUUUCAGGUGGUCGAGGGCAUCACCGACGACAUCCUUUCGGUCAAUAGGGCCGUGGAUGCGGGCGCCAAAGUGGUUUUCCACAAGCCACGCUCGUACAUCGAGUGGGCCGACUUCUUCAGGCAAGGGAACCAGAACGUGGCCUGGGCCAUCCAGAAAAGGAUGGGCGCGGAGAAGGUGAAGGUGCGGGAAGUACGUACAACUGACAAGGUUGCCUACCGGAUCCUAAAUGGAGUGGAUGACCA